ACUACAUAAUUUAUAAAAUCCGAAAAUUGGUAAAAACUAUCAAAAUUGAGAAUCCAACCAAACAAAAAACCUUAGAUUAAGAAGAAUAAUAUCUGAAAGAUAACUCUUUAAAAUAAGAAAUACGUGAAAGUGUAAUUCAAAAUUAGUUUCUUCAAAAACUUAAAUUAUUAUAAGUUUUUAAACAAUUGGUCUAUGUCGAAAUUAAAGGAUUUUUCAUGUGCUUUUCAUGGAAAUGAAAACAUGGCAAAUCAAAAGUUGAUAUAUCCAGCAGCAACAAGGAACCAAGAGCCCAUUCUGCAAGUUUUAAAGAGAUUUGUAACCUAUGAUUGUGCAGAAGAUGAUAGUCCAUUGUUUUUAGAGGUAGCCUCAGGCUCAGGACAACAUUUAGCACACUUUGCACCUCAUUUUCCAAAUAUAAAAUUUCAGCCAACAGAAUUUGACGAAACCCUUUUAGGAAGCAUUAAAUAUUAUGCAACGGAAUGUCCAACCAAAAAUAUACUCUUACCAAUACAAUUGGAUAUAUGUACAGAUUUAGUUCAUUAUGGAUUUUUAGAAGAAAGUAUAGAUUAUGUCUAUAAUGCAAAUAUGAUUCAUAUAAGUCCUUAUGAAUGUACAAUCGGCUUAUUUAAAAAUGCAGGCUGCUAUCUAAAACCUAAUGCUUUAAUGAUCUUAUAUGGGCCUUUUAGUAAAGAUGGAGUAAUAACACCUGACAGUAAUGUUCAAUUUAAUGCAUCUUUAAAAGCUAGGAAUCCAGCAUGGGGAUUAAGAGACAUCAGUGAAUUAAUUAAAAUAGCUGCUGAUUAUAGUCUAACACUCAUAGAUACAGUAGAAAUGCCUGCAAAUAAUAAAACUUUAAUAUGGAAAAAGAAUUGAUUACAGUAAAAAGUAGAAUGAAUAUUACAAGUGAAAAAAUGUAUUUGAAGCACAAACAACAAAGAGCAAAAUACUAUGAACAGUCCUGAUCAUGAAUAUCAAAAAGAUCUGUGAUUUGUUGUCAAAUCAUCCAUUAAAUGACUUUUUUUAUUAUUA